UGUAGUUCAAUUGAAUAUUCUCGACUUUAAUGAUAAAGAUGACACAAGCAGCAUAACUUCACCGCUACAUAAAAAAAGAACUCUUAAUAAAAUUAACUCAGGUGAAGUUAGGAAGAUUAAAGUAGAAGAAGAAAAAGAAAGACAUAAACAGAUUAUUCAGGGAUAUACUAUACUCAAAGAACAACUCCCGCCUACUUGCUAUAAAAUGAGUAAUACCGAAUUAUUGAAAAAAGCUGCCUCAUAUAUAGUGCUAAAAAAUAAAGAAGAGAAAAGUCUGCAAGAUAAAUUGCUUCAAUUGAAUUCAAUUUGCACAAAAUUGAAUUCAGAACUGGAAUAUUUUAAAAAGAUGAACGAAAACAAAGAGAAAGUUAUUGAAUUGGAAUACUUUAAAAA